AUGCAGCAACGCGUGACAUACGUCUCAUCUACAGGUAUCUUACACAACUCCUGGAUCAGCGACAUCAACAGAACGGAUGGGCGCUUCCGCGUCACAUUACCAGGGAGCCGCUUCGGGCGACACAAAACACAAGCUCACGGGCCCAGGAUACACGCGCUUAAUCUCACUGCCAAGAACAUCACGUCGAUGGCGGGUGGCGGACGGCACACCGAAGUCAUUGACUUGAGUUUGGACGACGAUGAGGAAACUACGACGAGCUCCACACGGCGUGUGGCACAGUCCCGACCACCCAAGAGCCCUUCAAAAACCUUUGGCGAAAUCCGCAAGCGCCAAAGGGAUAUCGGUUCGCGUGAGCCACCACCUAGAUUGAUGGGGUCGAUAGACCUUACGAUGUCCCCAGAGCCUCCUGAGAUCACCCGGCCGUCGACUACAAAUUCUUACACUGCAAAGAAACACAAAUCUGCGUCUGCGUCAAGUUCGCGAGUAACGACUGAGUCAAAUCCUAGGGAGGGUUCGCAUAGCCAGGACACGCAAUCCAGGUUCCUCGGUUCAGACCAUCGACACCCCUCGCUCACGCUUGGCUCUAUCAGACGGCGCAUUAGUCACGAGCCGAAGCUGCGAUCUCCAGAGCCUCGGAUCUCUGGCGAGGGGGAUGCUAAGCCAGGCAUAGCGAAACGUCAAAGGAUCCAGCCUCCAGAACUAAGCGUGCUCAAGGAAAAGCGACCGCGAGAGGACGAUUCUUUAUCACAUAGUCUGCUUCAGCACAGGAAAAGACAGAAGCACGAAGCGCAGCCUCUUUAUGGUUCACGUUCAGCACAUGAAGGUGUUCGGCGCGCAGAGCCGUCGAGCGCUCAACAGCGCGCCAAAUUUAGUCUCAACGAAGCCGUAAGUGGCAAGAAGAAGUCGUCUUUCGAGUUCCCGCUGGCGCGUCAGAAGAACUCAGACUCAGUGGUCGAUCUGACAGGGGAUGGGUCUGCCCGCAAGUCGCCCCCGCCACGAAAACCACCUAAUGCUUCCACAGCUCGAGUGGAAAUCACAAGAUCGCGCCCUGAAGCGAUCCUCUCGACCAAAGACGUUGGACCUGCUCAAGUACGACAGCCCUCAGUCUCUCAGGAGGAGAAGAUAGUAAGUGCAUUGGUUGAAUUUCUGGGCCCGGUAGCAAAAGAGGGAAGACGCACUACCCCGGCCAGAACACCUUCCUCCAUUCCAUCACCGAAGCUUAGAUCGAUGUCGCCUUCGAAGAGGCUUGGAACAUCAGAAGAUCGUCGCGUUCCUUCACCACCUGUCAGAUCUGCAAGCCUGCAUCGUGGAUCAGAGAUACCUGAAAGUCUCCCUGGGUCGCCCACGAAGAGCGACAGGCUUCUGGAUCUGGAAGCACCGAGUACAAGCUCUCCAAAGAAAGGCAGUCCACGUAAAAGCAGAUCUGCUGCGAUCGACAGCUUUGCAUCAAGGACCUCCUUAAACAAAGAUGAUCCAUCCUCGACUAAGCCGGCGCCCCAGCUCCCCUCAGGUGAUACGGCUCAAGGCAAAGUAUCUUUAGUACGCCGGUCGACUGCUAUGCAAAAACAGCAGAACGAGUCUUUGACUGGAGUCGAACAGAGCGAGGAAUUGUCUCUGCCGACUGCUAAAAAUGGUGGCGGGCUCACGUCACCUCGGAAGUCCAAUGGCACAUCGAGCCCAGUGCGUAGACAGGAGUCCUUAAAGACAAAAGCGGCCAUUGCGAAAAGUCCUGCGAAACAGACUAAGCCAAGAUAUCCACUGUCACCUUCCGACACCACCAGUAAAGAGAACGGUCACUCUCGCGAGAAGACGCCGAAGGAGCCUGAACGGGAGAUAGCACAGCCGAAGACUACAAACAUCUUGAACGCCCCGAAGUUCCUAGGCGUGACGCUGAACAGCUUACGGCAGAGUCCUCAAGAUAACAAUGAAGAAAGUAGCAAUUCGCCGAUUUCGCGCGCUCCGAUAGCGCCCGUCAAGGACCCUCUUAACACUGCUGAACAACAGAAGUCGACGACUAGCCACCUGGCGCCAUCAGGAGCGCGGCAGUCACGGGAGGCCAACGGCGAACCUCCGAUCGGUGGCAGGAGCGACAAGUCUCAUCAUGACACAAGGCAAACAAGUGUGCACAGGAACAAGCAACCUGCUAACGACCUUUCAAACAUGGCUAAAGAUAUCACCGGGGCUGGUCCUGGCAAGAUACCUGGUUUUCCUAAUCAGAGUCUGUCGAAUCGUGUCGAACAAGUCGUGGGCCAUUACAUCGGUGAAAUGCAGCGAGACAAUGAAGACUGGGCGCGAACAACCCUACGAAGAGCAAGGCUUUCGGUCGAGACCCGACCGCCACUGGACGAAGAAGAGCCCACGGAUGUCUUCAGCAAGAUGAAGCCGCUGACACUAACCAACUUAACAAAAGUCCCGGCUUCCAAGAAGUUGGGCGGAAAAUAUGUAAAGUUCAGUACCGCGGCCGGAAAGGUUCAGACGAAAUGGGCCGCGCCUUGCACGCCUAUUUCCACGUCUGCAGAAGACGUGCCUAGCUACUCACACUACGUCAGCAUCAAGCAUAACUUUCUUGCCGGGAAUGAUCCAACACUCCAACAGAUGCCCUACUUCGGAGACGACAUGGUCGAUCAAGAGGUUGAAAAUGCUCUGAAGGCGCAUUACAGCAUGGACAUCGUCGGGAGAGACAAGAAGCUACUCGACAUGGCAAAGGCAGAUACCUCUGCACCUUAUGCUGAGGAUAUGCUAAAAGAGCUUGGCUGUGCAUGGUCCGACGUCUUGUAUUUCCUGCUACAUCACGACCCUUUGCCGGGUGUGAAAAAGGCCUCCGCCGCCGACCAGGCACUCACGAGGAGGAGCGAAUUCUGUGAAGAUGCCUUCAGAUCUAGCGCACGUUGGACUACGCUUGUGUCCAGCUUGCCAAAAGUAAAGCAGGAGAAUGUCGAGAAAGCGGCCAUACUGUGCGACCACUUCCAGAAGCUACUCAAGCUGAGCUUAUGGCACGUCGUUCGAACAUCCGCGUACACCAAAGAGCUCCUCAAACAACAGCAGCAGAUUCCUGAGAUGGAAAAGCUGACCUGCAGAGUGUGCAUGCGUUUCGACUGCCCUUAUCACGGAGAAGUCGAAGACACAGGCGACUCACGUAGCGACAGUGAUGAAGCAAGCACAGACGGCGGCGGAAGAUCACACAUAGUCGAGACAGACAUCAUACAUCCCCCGGACCUCCCAUCAAAGACCGGCGUACAGUCGCCUAUUGGCAAAAUGGUGCCAACGUUCAUCUCAAGUUUCGACCUGACGAACGAGGACCAUUUUAUCCAUGCCAUCAUCCAGGCACGACCUGCACCACUGCGGAGUGCUCUUGCCACAUGA